UCUUGGUUUCACCAUGCUCAACAUGAUGGUGGACGGCUGCGAUUUACGAUGUGUUUCCAUGACCAAGUUUGAUUUCAUUCACUUCUGGGCGUCAUCGAUUCAUAUUCUAUAGCUUGUGUUUAAACUUCACUUUGAUCAAAAAGACGGGGAAAAUGUCAGAUGACAACAGCACACACGUUCUCAACAUGACCGCAUGUGAAGGAAUUAACCUUCGUUUUACGCACAGAUUUUUACCUGCUGUGUUCAUGCUGGUGUUUGUCGUCGGGACAUUUGCAAACUUCUGUGGGUUAAAAACUGUUUGUACAAGCUGGAAGAAAAUUGGGAGUAUAAACAUAUUCAUUCUCAACCUUGGAAUAGCUGAUUUGCUGUACUUAUUUACCUUACCAUUUUUGGUUGUCUAUUACGCGCUAAACAGUAAAUGGAUAUUUGGACAAACAUUCUGCAAGAUCACCAGAUUCUGCUUCAAUUUGAAUCUCUAUGGCAGCAUUGGGUUCCUGACAUGCAUUAGUAUCUAUCGAUACCUCGGUAUUGUGCACCCAAUGAAAGUGAUGGGAAAAAUCCACACUCGCCACUCAGUGGCAAUGAGUUUUCUUGUCUGGAUUUUGGUUUUCAUUCAGAUACUUCCCGAUAUGUUCUUUGACAAGACAGCGCAAAAUUCCUCAUAUUCGUGCUAUGACUCAACAGCCGACGACUUUAUCAAGGAUUACCUUCCGUACAGUAUUGGCUGGACCAUUACCGGAUUCGUUAUACCAUUACUGAUCAUUCUGGCUUGCUAUGGACAUAUAGUAGUGGUCCUUGCCACCAAAGCCAAUGUCAAUACUUUGUUGAAACAACGAUGUCUAAAACUAGUCAUCAUCUUGACUGUGUUGUUCUCAAUUUGCUUUAUCCCUUAUCAUGUUUUGAGAAAUCUAAAUUUGAAAAUAAGGAUUUUGAAAAUGGAAGGCACCUGCAAAGCAAGCUUCGAUGAUAUUUAUGUUGCUCAUCAAAUCAGCCGCGGUCUGGUUUGCAUGAAUAGCGCAAUCAAUCCGUUAAUUUAUUUAGUUGGAAAUGAUGAUUUCAUCAUGCGUUUUCAUAAUCUCAGCAAACAAGCCAGGAUGUCUCUUGUUCAAUGGACUGGUGCUGUGAUUUACCGCAAUACACCCGAGGCAGAUCCAGCAACAGAAGAAUCUUAACCAGUAAACUUUGACCAGUUAGUUAUUUAAAACCUAAACUUGACUGUCAGCUAUUCUAGUAUUUGAUGUUGUCUACGCCAUUAUUGUACCAAAGGCCUGUAAGUAUGUACAUAUGCUAUUCUUUACACUUUAUGUAUCAUUCUCAGAGUAUUUUAUUGUGUAAACGUGAGAUCCUUUUUGUGGUUGAAUGCCCUUGUGUAAAGUGAAAUAAUGUGCCAUGCAUUUAGUCAGUGAUAUGCAGAGCUAACUAUUGGUUUCCAUAACUAUCUUAGAUAACAAUGUGUAAAUACCCUUGUGUAAAGUGAAAUACUGUUCCAUUCGAUUAGUCAGUGAUAUGCAGGGCUAUGUCACUGAAAUAAACAUAAACUCAAUAUGCAUUUCA